GAUCUGACGCAGUGAGCAGCGGCCGCCUCACUUCCCCUCGCCGCUCCCAGGAAGAGAGCCUUCGGCCCGGGACGCGCCGACACGCCGACAGACGACCGGAGCUCCGGAGGACGAUGUGGACGCGCGCGAGGGAGGCGCCGGGCGCGCGCCCCCGCGCCCCGCAGCGGGGAUCGAACCCGCGGCUGUAACGCGCGUUGUUCUGGCGUCGUCGCGCGUCGCGCGGCGGUGACGAUGCCUCCGGCGCCGCACACGCUGCUCCCGCUGCCGUCGAAGAGUGUCCCGAUCCCCGGACGCGCCCCGCGUUGUGUCCCCUGCGCGGCGGAGGACUCGCCGUCCGCCCGGCCGCCCGCUCGCUCUCCAUGAAGACUCUCCAUGAUAACAAGGAGGCGGAGGAGGAGGCGGAGGAGGAGGGGGGCUCCGGCUGCUACGCCCCGGAGGAGAAGGAGAGCGACGUGAAGACGGCGCGGCUGUGGAGGGAUGCCGCCCUGCGCUCCAGGAAGCUGCGCAGCAACCUGCGCCAGCUGACGCUCUGCUCCAAAGACAACCAGAUCGUUCUGCCCGACGACAUAUCCGAGGUGGAGGCGCUCAACCUGGGCAACAACUCUCUGCAGCAGCUGCCCGACGGGCUGGGAUCCAGCCUCAACGGCCUGCGGGUCCUGGUGCUCCGCAGGAACAAGUUCUCCACUGUGCCCCGGGUGGUGCUGGAGCUGGUGCGCCUGGUGGAGCUGGACGUGAGCCACAACGUCCUGCGAAGCCUCUCUGAAGGCGUGGGCCAGCUGAGGGAGCUGAAGAAGCUCUGCGUCAGUCACAACAAAAUCCAGAGUCUGCCGGCUCAGAUCGGAGGUCUUCAGGCUCUGGAGGAGCUCGACCUCAGCUUCAACGACCUGCGCGACCUCCCCGGGUCCUUCUCCGCCCUCGCCAAGCUGCGGACGCUGGACGUGGAUCACAACAAGCUGAACCGCUUCCCCGCUGAGAUCCUGGCCCUCGGCGAGCUGGAGGAGCUGGACUGCUCCGGGAACAAGUUCCAGGAGCUGCCGGCCGACAUCAUGAAGCUGCGGUCCCUCAAGAUCCUGUGGCUCAGCAGCCUUCACGUGUCAGCGCUGCCGGACUCCUUCUGUCACCUGCACCACCUGGAGAGCCUGAUGCUGGACGGGAACGAGCUGUCAGCGCUGCCCGCCGCUUUCGGACGCAUGCAGAGACUGAAAAUGCUCAAUCUGUCCUCCAACGAGUUUGAGGACUUCCCUCAGGUCCUCUUCUGUAUCACGGGGCUGGAGGAGAUUUACCUGAGCAGGAACAAACUGACCCACAUCCCGGAGCAGGUCGGGCAGCUGCUGAAGCUGGCCAACCUUUGGCUGGACAACAACAACAUCACGUACCUGCCUGACUCCAUCGUGGAGCUGGAGAAGCUGGAGGAGCUUGUGCUGCAGGGAAACCAAAUCGCCAUUCUCCCCGAUAACUUUGGGAAGCUGUCCAGGGUGAACAUCUGGAAAGUGAAGGACAACCCUCUCAUCCAGCCCCCCUACGAGGUCUGCAUGAAGGGCAUCCCGUACAUCGCGGCCUACCAGAAGGAGCUGGCUCAGCUGCAGCUCGCCGUCAAACCGCGCCUCAAGUUGGUCCUGAUGGGCGCGACCGACGCCGGGAAGACCCGCCUAAGGCUGAGCGUGGCGAGGCGGCCGACGGGCGCUGGCGGCCUCCAGGGGAGCGGAGGGAUCGAGGUCACCGACUGGGUGGCGGACGCCGAGCGCUGCCUCACCUUUCUGGUGUUCGACCUUUCAGGGAAGCAGAACUAUGACCUCAUCAACCCCUUCUUCCUCUCCCCCGGGGCCCUCUACGUCCUCGUGGUCAACCUGAAAACCUACUCGCCCAGAAACUUCUACGCCCGCGUCGGGUAUUUCCUCCGCCUCCUUGGUGCUAAAGUGCCCGACGCCGUUGUGUGCCUGGUGGGGACGCACGCAGACCUGUGCGGGGGAGUGGAGGCGGAGGAGAAGAGCCUGGACAUUCACAGGCAGAUCGGGCUGCAGGAGAAGAGGGACAUCCAGGUCCUGAGGAGUCAGGCUCUGCAGGUGGACCAGGCUCUGGAGCAGGGCUUCAACCUGCGCUCCUCCAGCCCCCACGUCCUCUUCUAUGGCGUCUCCGACCGGAACCUUCGGCGGAGGAAAUCGCAGCUGCAGUACAUGCUGAACCACCGGCUGCAGAUCCUGUCGCCCGUGCUGAGCGUCAGCUGCUCGGAGAGCCAGAGGAACAUCCAGCGGCUGAGGGAGAAGCUCAUGUCCGUCGCGGACCACAGGGACAUCUUCCCCAACCUCCACCGCGUGCUGCCCAAGUCCUGGCAGGUGCUGGAGGAGCUGCACUUCAAACCCAAAGCGCUGUGGCUGUCGUGGUGGGACUCGGCCCGUCUGGGCCUGCAGGCGGGGCUGACGGAGGACCGGCUGCAGAGCGCCCUGUCCUACCUGCACGAGAGCGGGAAGCUGCUCUACUUCGAGGACUCCCCCACCCUGAAGGAGUACGUGUUUCACAACCUGCCGCGAUUCAUCGCCAUUCUCAACGUCUUCUUCCAGAGGGACGAGUCGUCGCUGCUGGACAGGCUCCUCUCAGAAGGGGGCCGGGGGGGCCGGGCCAGGGUGAGUCUGGUGAUCGAGGACGAGACGGGAGAGACCCUCAGGGUGACCCACCUGCAGCACCACGUGGAGGGCUUCCUCCAACACGGCCUGUUGCCCGCCAACGUGAUCCGCCUGCUCCUGCGGCCGCUCAUCCAGACCCAGCAGGACCUGCGCCUCAUCAUGGAGCUGCUGGAGAAGAUGGGGAUCUGCUACUGCGUCAACAAGCCACGCAGCCGCCCGCCCCACUGCGCCGCGGCGCUGUACAAGUUCCCCAGCUACGUGAACGGCGAGGAGGAGGAGGAGGAGGUGCGGGCGGAGGCCUCCUCCUCGCCGCUGCCCCCGUGCCCCUUCUUCUCCGUGGAGCAGCUGCACAUCCGCUACAGCUUCCCCUUCUUGUUCCCCCCCGGGCUGUUCGCCCGUUUCGGCGUGCGGAUAAACGGCCACGUGGUGCAGCGGUCGGACGGCCGGCGGCAGAUCUCGGCCCACCGGGGAAAAGUGCCCGUGGUGGUCAGCCACCGGCCCGCCGGGGGGGGGGCGGCGCGGCCGGAGACCCUGUCCAUCGCCAGCCGCGCCUCGCUGCCCAACAUGUGGACGGCGUGGCAGGCCGUCACGCCGCUGGUGGAGGAGCUGAACGCGCUGCUGGGGGAGUGGCCGGGCCUCCACUACUCGGUGCACGUGCUCUGCUCCAGGUGCCUGAGGAGAGGCGCCUCCAGCCCGCACGCCUUCCCAGGUGAGCUGCUGAGUCAGCCGAGGCCUGAAGGUCUGACCGAGAUCGUCUGUCCAAAGAACGGCACGGAGCGGGUUGACGUGGUGCUGGUCUACCCGCCCACCCCCACCGUGGUCAGCCCCUGUCUCAAGUGAUCUGACCCCCCUGCCCCCCACAGCCUGCAUCAAGCCCCCAUCACACUGGAUCUCACUGCCUCACAUGUCACGUGUGUGUUUCUGUGUUUGUAACGUGUGCGUAUGUAAGUGUUGUUUGUGUGUCUGUGUGUAGGUGACGUGUGUGUUUGUGUUGCAGAUCUCUUCAAGAGGACCGUGGACUCUUCAUGAGGAGCUUGGACGCUUCAUGAGGAGCUUGGACUUUCAUGAGGAGCUUGGACUCUUCUAAAGGAUCUUUGAUCUUCAGGAGGAGCUUGGACUCUUCAUGAGGAUCUUGGACUCUUCAUGAGGAUCUUGGAUCUUCAGGAGGAACUUGGACUAUUCAUGAGGAGCUUGGACUCUUCAUGAGGAGCUUGGACUCUUCAUGAGACCCUUGGACGCUUCAUGAGGAGCUUGUACUCUUCAUGAGACCCUUGGACUCUUCAUGAGGAGCUUGGACUUUCAUGAGGAGCUUGGACUCUUCUAAAGUAUAUUUGAUCUUCAGGAGGAGCUUGGACUCUUCUAAAGGAUCUUGGACUCUUCAUGAGGAUCUUGGAUCUUCAGGAGGAGCUUGGACUCUUCAUGAGACCCUUGGACUCUUCUAGAGGACCUCGGACUCUUCAUGAGGAGCUUGGAUCUUCAUGAGGAGCGUGGACUAUUCUAGAGGAGCUUGGACUCUUCUAGAGGACUUCCAUGAGCACAAAGCGUAAAUUCAUCUUUUUAUCUUAUCUCUCAGUCUCAUGUCGGAUUUUUUCUGGCACGUUUGAGCCGAUGAAGAUGAGAAGAAGAUUUACACGUGUGAAUAUGAACAUGUGAAUAUAUAUCUGAAGAUAAUCUCAAGCUGUGUCUCUUCUUCUUUUCCCCUGAGCGUCACCGGCGUGAGUUCAGCUUCCUCUGAUCUUAGCUAAGGUAGAUUAGCUUAGCAUAAACACUGAAAACAGAUGGUUCUGUGGCCAACACGUCAUAUCGGAACAUUUUAAUAAUUCAUCUCUACAGCGAAUGUGAUGUAAAAUAAUCAUGAGGUCGAUUUAAAGAUCAUUAAUACUUAUUGAUGAUAUUGAUUGUAUUAUUAUGUAUAUCGGACUGAUCAGGGAGCAUUUAAUAAAUGUAAGAAAUAUGGAAGGCCAAGACUACUAAUACCAGUUCAUAAAUACUGUCCUACAAGUAUCCUGCAUUCAAAGUCGUACUUCAGUACCAAAGUAUCAGCAUUGAAAUGCAUUGAAAAUGCCAAAGGUAAAAGUACUCACAAUGUAGAAUAAUACAUAUAUGUUAUAAUUUUGAAUGUUUGUUACUUUAAAGAUUUAAUGAAGAAAUCACAAUUUAUUAGGUGAUUAAAAAGUACAACAUUUACGCCGAGAUAUAGGUAGGUACCUAUAUUUACAAAAGUACCUUGAUUUUAUUUUCAAUUUAAUAUUAAUUUAAAAAAAAUCAAAAGGCAAAAGGGAUUAAUUAAAUAAAUCAAACACUUCGCCAUAUUUAUUAAUUUCUUUUAAUAUUUCCCACUGUUAGUUAAAUAUAUAUAUUUUUGUCAUAAUUUGGUAACGUUACUUUAUAAAAAAACUGACUGCAGGCUGAGCUAAACUACGUGACAAAAUGGAGGAAGAGGAGAAGAAGAUCAGCAUGAGAUGAAUAUUCAGAAGAUUCACAAUUUGUUUUACUUCAAAUCACGUGUGGGUGUUUUUUCACGUAUAAAUAAUAUCUUUAUUUUUGUAUGUUGACAUUAUCUACAGUGUUUACUGGACAAUCAGCUGAUCUGAGGUGUCACAGAACAACAGGAAGUAAACCAAAUAAACAACUACUGCUUUAGUACCUGA